CGCUGUGACAGGUGACAGAUGACACUUGGGUAAAUAAAAUAAGUGGUGUUUGUUACUGUGUUUAUUUAAAAUAUUGGAAAUCAGAAGACAAUUUCCACAAGAGUGCACUUUCAAGUCUACUACUAACAAUAUAAUAAUGACUGUUAACAACACGAUUGCACAUCAACGGCUCAUUCUCAGCGGAGAUCGAGAAAGAUUCAAAGAGCUGUUAAGACGAAGAUUAAUUGAAUGUGGUUGGCGGGAUCAAGUGAGGAUGCUGUGUCGAGACAUGGUUAAGGAUAAUGAGGGUAGCAAUGUAACAUUUGACAUGUUGGUCAACAGGGUUACACCACGAGCUAGAGCACUAGUGCCAGACACAGUGAAAAAGGAACUACUUCAGAAGAUUAAGACACACCUACUCACACAAAAGGACCAAUAAAUAAUUAAUAAGAAUAAAUGAACCUUGAUUUCUUGCACUGAUUGUAACCAAGAAUAGUUUGGAUAAAGAAAAUUAUGGUCAAAACCAAAACAAGUUUUGAAUUUGAAACAGAAGGUCAAGUUAUACUUGCUGAUAUAAAAUGCCAUGUGAAGGAUCUCCUUCACAUCCCAUCGCCCUAAGGCCCUGCCCUGCCAUCUGGCAGGGCACCCUUAACACAUUUCUUGACUGGAUGGAUGCAGUGCAUUGGUAUGACGGAAGAAGAAUGGAAGUACAGUAUAUUCAAAUUUGAAAUUAUACUAAUCAGCUAUAAAAUAAACGCAUUAGAUAAUCAAGGUUCCAUAUAGAUCAAAUUGUAUUGACACAUUGAAGUAUUUCAGUGCACCUCCAUAUUUAUAAGAAAACCAAAUAAAACACUUUUUACAACCAA